AUGGCGUCCCAAGUCCAAGGCACCGCAUUCAUCACCGGCGGGGCAUCAGGCAUCGGCAAAGCCACCGCGCACGUCCUUGCAAGGAACGGGAUUAGCGCAGUAGCCCUUGUAGACGUCAACCUCGAACUCCUCGAGGAGACGAAAAGGGAAUUACUCUCUGAGAAUGCCCAGCUCCGUGUUGCGGUUUUCGAGGUGGACGUCACAGACGAGGUCUCCGUCGAGGAUGCUGUCCGCAAGACGGCGGAGGAAUUCGGACAGAUCGAUAUCGGGGUGAAUGCCGCUGGGGUCAGCGGCAAGCCUGGUCCGUCGCAUGAGACGGAGCUAUCGGAGUGGCAGCGGGUGAUCGAUAUCAAUCAGACGGGGGUGUGGAUGUGUCAGCGGGCGUUGAUCAGGCAGAUGUUGAAGCAGGAGUAUGUGUUUGCUUGUCUCGAGGAGCGCGCGAAGGACGCGGCACGAUUGUCAAUGGCGCCGCCGGGGGAAUUGCGAUUGCGCCUUAUGUGGCUGCGAAACAUGGACGCCAAAUCAUAUGCCGGCCAGGGUAUCCGUAUCAACGCCAUAUGUCCCGGAUGGGUGGAAACGCCUAUGAUAAGUCGGUCGAUCGAAUGCGGCGCUCUCGACUCGCAAUUUGCGAUGAUUCCUCUGGGACGUCCUGCAGUGGCAGACGAGAUUGCCAACGCGAUUCUAUUUCUCGCUUCGCCCAUGAGCAGCUACAUGUGUGGAGAAGCAAUGGUGGUAGAUGGAGGCUUGACAGCAUAA